AUGGCCACCCAGAUUGUUCCUUACAACACUGCCAUGCAGCUUGGCUCUGGCUUUAACUCAUUUACCCAGACUCCAUGUGUUGAUCAUGCUGUUAUUCGAGAUGUGGAUAUAGCAGCUAAGCUUGAAAAGGAGGACGAAGAACCCAAACAAGUGGCACAGUCCGUGACUUACAAAACAUGUGUCAUCGAGAAAACGACCGAUGUCACUGACGAGAUGAAAAUCAAUGGUGCGUUCAACAUUAAAUAUGAUCAGUUGACCGUUGAUGGCAGUGGAAACUUUGUCAACACCAACAAGAUCAAAGACAGUGAUGUCAGUAUCAUGGUUUCUGUCAAGGUGGUCAACCAAACCAUCGAUGACUAUUCCCUCACCAAGUUCCAGCCCGUUCCCAAUAUGAAGGAGGCAUCACCGCAGCGCCUAAUUGAAAUCUAUGGAGAUUCCUUCAUCUCAGGCUGGCAGGAGGGUGGCGAGUUCUUGGCUGUAAUUAGUAUUGAAGCCAAGAACCGAGACGAAGCCCAGACUAUUGCUGCUGAUGCUCGAGUUGCUUUCUCUCAAAAUAAGAAUCCACCUCCUGGGUCUACUAGCAAGGAGCUAUCACUGGAUAUCAGCGCCAAGUUUGACAACAUCAAGAAGCACUUAGCAGAUGAGAACGAGGUCUCAGUCUCCGUAACUUGGACCGGUGGCGGUCAACAGCUCAAAGAAGCUGAUACGGUAUUGAAUCAAGCUACCAGGGACUGGGACUUUGACACAAUGAAGGCCGUCGCCUUAAAGUUCCCUGAUCUAUGUGCCAAGACGCCUAUGCGCACCCAUGCAUUGCUCACCAAGUACACGGCCCUCAGGAGCUUUUACACAAGCCAGACUUUCGACCUGCCUAUUUAUGACAAGACAGGGACAUAUACCAAUGUUCUCCAGGAAGCCUACCUCGACUACAAGUCAAUUCUCGCCUCAAUCCAAGUUCUUGCUUAUGACGUCUCGGAGGGGACAAAGGCCCUUGUUAUAAAUCCAAGGGGUAACAAAGCCGCAAUACGCCCCGACCCGAGAGAUACUGACAUCAUCGUAGUCGAACAUGCCAAAGCAAUUACCGAGAAAGCCGCGGCAGCGGAGGAAGAAGCGCCAGCUCCAAAGCCUGCUGUUGAGUCUGAGUCGGUUGAAGGCAGUGUGGCUGAAGUCAUCAGUCCUUCCAGCCUUCCACAGAAGGUGGUUACUCUUCCACCACCCUCAAUCAAUGAACCCUUUGCCCCUACUAUUGUAGGUCUGGAGGAGGCGCGCCUCAAGUGCCGUUUCAUGAUGAACCGCAUCAUCCAAGAGAUCGACAACAUCACCAUCAAGCCCGAAAUCGCCACUGAUGAAGCUAGACAGACCCCGUAUCUUAGCCCCUUCCUCUUCAAGAUGCUCCUACCACUUGGUGUACCUCUGCCUUCUGAAUCAAGCCCGGCCCUUCAGGCUGUUGCAGCAUCAAAGAUUGACCCUGACGCACUCUCUAAGAAGUUUAUGGGUGUUGCUGCGUGA